CCGGAACAAGUUUCAGGCCCUCCUCUCCUCUCGCAGCACUAGAAGCAGCAGCAGCAGCAGCGAUUGGUCAGGGAAGAGAGGGAACCACGAUGAGCGGCGGAGGACAGGAUCUCCAGCUGCCGCCGGGGUUCCGGUUCCACCCGACGGACGAGGAGCUGGUGAUGCACUACCUUUGCCGCCGCUGCACCGGCCUGCCCAUCGCCGUCCCCAUCAUCGCCGAGAUCGACCUCUACAAGUUUGAUCCAUGGCAGCUCCCCAGGAUGGCGCUGUACGGCGAGAAGGAGUGGUACUUCUUCUCCCCGCGGGACCGCAAGUACCCGAACGGGUCGAGGCCCAACCGGGCGGCCGGAUCCGGGUACUGGAAGGCCACCGGCGCCGACAAGCCCGUGGGGUCGCCGAAGCCCGUCGCCAUCAAGAAGGCGCUCGUCUUCUACGCCGGCAAGGCGCCCAAGGGCGAGAAGACCAAUUGGAUCAUGCACGAGUACCGCCUCGACGUCGACCGCUCCGCGCGCAAGAAGAACAGCCUCAGGUUGGAUGAUUGGGUCCUGUGCCGCAUCUACAACAAGAAGGGCGGGCUGGAGAAGCCGCCGGUUGCCGGCGCCGCGGCAGCGGACCGUAAGCCGGUGUUCGGCAGCCAGGCGGCUUUGGUGAGCUCCCCGCCGGAGCAGAAGCCGUUCGUGGCGGCGCCGGGCGGGAUGCCGCCGGCGUUCGCUGACUCGUGCGGCUCGGGGCAGGUGCUGUCGCCGGACCAGUUCGCGUGCGACCGGGAGGUCCAGAGCCAGCCCAAGAUCAGCGAGUGGGAGCGCACCUUCACCUCUGACCCUGUCAACCCCGCCGGCUCCAUGCUCGACCCCACAGCCACCGGCGCUGGCGUCGGCCUCGGCGGCGACCCGCUGCUGCAGGACAUCCUCAUGUACUGGGGCAAGCCGUUCUAGACCGCUUCACAAGCAAAAGCGAAGCGACCCCAUCCUGAGCCGGCAGUGCAACCGUACGGUGUGUGCUUGACUCUGGCGAGCCGCCAUAGUUGACUAUUAAGAGUUUAAGAUGGAUGGACCGGAUGGAGAUUAUGAGACGAACGGACGGACGGACGAAGAAGAAGACUUUGAGGCGGCAAUGAGACCGUGUGGCCCAGCAAGCCGGGAGGGAGAUUUGAUGGCGCAUUGCAUUGGCGGUCGAUCGUGCGAAGCAUGUGUGUGUACGUGUUCGUAUACAUAUUAUACGUACAUGGUGAUUGAUUCGGUGCAGGAGUUUCUGUUCCUUCAUUGGUUAAUUGAUUAUUGUAACGGCUUUGUAUAGGACCGGUCCAAUGGUGAUAGUGUUAAGCUAUUCGUCAAGCGAAGUGAACAAUACUCCGUAUUGUAGCUGUGGCUCUUCGAAGGAAAAAAGGGAUACAGUUAGUACUA